AUGGCUGUUUUGGUACCAAUCAUACCAUGUGUAUCCUUUUUUUUAUUUUGUUCCUUAAUUGGAUUCGUUGGCAAUACUGCGCUCAUUAUAGCUACUAUUCAGAACAAGAACCUGCGCAAUGUCAAUAAUAUAUUAAUAGCAUUGAGCGCAUUUGGUGAUAUUCUUCAUCAAAUCGGCCAUAUUCCAUUUGCAUAUUUUAUUUUUACUGGAAUUACUUUUACACCAUUGUGGACAUGUAUUUGGAUACAAUUAUUACCGAAUUUCGGUCUAAAUUUUGCAAUGGCUAUAUUACUUUUUACCGGCAUAGAUCGAUCCAUGGCCAUUUUAAAACCUUUAAGCUAUCGAACAAUGAGAAGGAGAAUUUCAAUUCCAUUAAUGACCAUACCAGCGACACUUUAUGCAAUUGUUAUACUUAUAUUGGCUUGUAUAUAUGCCAUAAAUAACGAUGACAAAGUAGUAUGUGUUUUGGUAGCAAUAUACAGUGGUCAGUUCGAUUGGAUUUGGGGCAUUCUGGCAACUUUUCUUAAUUUAGCAACAAUUACCCUUUAUGCAGUACUUAGUCGAAUUAUCGUAAAGGCUGAAAUAUCAACUAGAAAUUUCGAAUUGUUACAAACAUUAAAGAUAACAGUGGCAUUUGUUGGAUUGGGACAUUUAGCAUCAACGACGAUUUAUAUGAUCGGAAGGUUCUUGAAUAUUUCCAAAAUCGCGACGUUUUAUAUAGGAUGCUAUGCGGGAGUAUUUAUUAAUAUAAGCGUUUCAUUCAAUUGGUUAUUUUACUACUGGAGAAGUGAAGAAUAUCGGAACGCAUUUAGAAAACAAUUCAAGAAGCUUCCAUGUCUAAAGAAUACCGUAAAUUUGCAAACGAAACAUAAAAUGCAGCAAGUAACAACAGUUUACCGAUUAGAACCUUCAAGACGUUUGUCGCAUUAA